AUGGAGAAACGUCUGCGCUGGCAGUGGCGCCGGCCGCAGUCGCGGAGUUGGCGCGUCGACGAGACCUACAUCAAGGUCCGCGGCAAGUGGGCGUAUCUGUACCGGGCGGUGGACAAGCUCGGGAACACGAUCGAUUUCUAUCUCUCGGCGACCCGCAACACCAAGGCAGCGAAGCGAUUCCUCGGCAAGGCGCUGAGAGGAUUGAAGGAGUGGGAGCAGCCCGAGGUGCUCAACACCGACAAGGCGCCGGCCUAUGCCGCUGCCAUCGCGGAGCUGAAGGCCGAGGGCAAGUGCCCGAAGGACACGAGGCACAGGCAGGUGAAAUACCUCAACAACGUCGUCGAGGCCGACCACGGCAAGCUCAAGCUGCUGAUCCGGCCCGUGCGCGGGUUCAAGACGAUGAAGACGGCCUACGCCACGAUCAAGGGCUUCGAGGUGAUGCGCGCGCUGCGCAAGGGCCAGGCCGGGAUGUUCGCCCUCCAGGGCGGCAUUGUCGGCGAGGCCCGGAUCGUCGAGCGCGCCUUCGGUCUCGGACCGUGCGCCCUGACCGAGGCCAUGGCAUGCUACAGGACCGUCUGGCCAACGCAGAAUCAUAAGGUGAACAGGAAAGCCCCCUGA